AUGCUGCUGCAUAGGAAUGCUAAUAUGCUGGAAUUGGAUAUGUCUGGAAAUGGAAUGAUAGGUACUAUUCCUGAUGUUAUGCAAAAAUUCUUUCCCCACAUCCAACAUUUGAAUUUGUCCAGGAAUUCUUUAAGUGGUGCUAUCCCAUCUUCACUUGGUGAUUUGAGGGAUUUACGAGUACUGGAUUUAUCUAAUAAUGAAUUAUCUGGAGAAGUACCAAAGGGAUUGUUUACAAACAUAUCUGAGUUGUUUUUCUUAAAACUAUCAAAGAACAAGUUGCAGGGUCAGGUACUCUCAGGAAACUUAAAUUUAGGUAAAAUCCAAGAGCUCCACUUGGAUAGCAACUGUUUCACAGGUAAAAUUGCAAAUGAGCCCAGAAAAUAUAAUGAUCUGAUGAUUUUAGAUAUUAGCAACAACUUUUUUACUGGUAUGAUCCCUGGAUGGAUAAGCAACACAAGUGAGUUGUCUGAACUUGUGGUGAGAAAUAACAGUUUGGAAGGCAGGUUUCCUUGUGGACCAACUUUGUUCACUUUUCUUGAUAUCUCACAAAAUUCUUUUUCUGGUCCAAUCCCAUCUUGCUUAAACUUGCAAUAUGUGAAGCAUCUUCAUUUGGGUUCUAACAGAUUUACUGGAUCAAUACCCAAUUCCUUUUAUAAUUUGACUAAUGUUUUGACUUUAGACAUCAGUAACAAUGACUUGUCUGGAAGGAUUCCUAAAUUCCUUGGUGAACUAUCCAAUUUAAGGAUUCUUCUCAUGAGAAAAAAUAAGUUUCAUGGUUCUAUUCCAAAACACUUGUGCCAAUUAUAUAAUGUAAGUUUGAUGGAUUUAUCCGACAACUCCCUUUCUGGUUCAAUACCUAACUGCCUAAAAAAUAUAACCGAGCCAAGUUACCUUGCAUUCCUUAAAAGAACCAUAUCAUGGUAUCCCAUGUCUUCCUCUUACUAUUAUAAUAGUGUUCUACAGAGGUGGCAGCCUGCCUAUGUCAAUAACCAAGGGUUUGAAACACAAGACGAAGUUGAGUUUACAACAAAAAGGCUCUUUCUCAGCUAUAAGGGUGGCAUACUUGAUUACAUGGCAGGAUUGGAUUUUUCCUGUAACAAACUUACAGGUGAAAUCCCACAACAACGGGGAUUCUUAACCCAACUUCGUGCUUUAAACCUGUCUCACAAUCACCUGACUGGACCCAUUCCUGUGAACUUCUCAAAUCUUGCAAAAAUAGAGAGCUUGGACCUUUCUUCAAAUGGUUUGACCGGAAAUGUUCCAUCAGAACUGAUUAAGCUUACCUCGCUAUCUACUUUCAUUGUUUCUCACAACAAUCUCUCAGGCAGACUCCCAGAUAUGAAAGCACAGUUUGGUACCUUCACAGAGGCAAGCUAUGAAGGGAAUCCACUUCUUUGUGGACCACCACUCGUGAAGAAAUGCACAACUACUAAUUCACAGCUGACCAAUCCAUCGGAUGUAGAAGAAGACAAUGAGAAAUGGUAUGAUAUCGAUAUGGCAUACUUCUACGGAAGUUCUGGUUCGACGAAUGUUGUGUUCUUAUUGGGCUUUGUUGCGCUUCUUUACAUCAAUCCUUAUUGGCGCAAAUGGUGGCUAGACUUGGUUGAAGACUGUAUGUUUACAUGUUAUUACUUCCUUUAUGAUUCAGUCAGCUGGUUCUCCAUGCCCUUCCAUUAA